AAAUUCUUGUUUUUAUUUGAAUUUCAUUAAUUAUUAUGGUUAAAUUUAUUUCUCUAAUCAAAGUAACUCUUUUAAUUCACUAAUUGAUUAUACAACAUUAAUAUUCUUUAAUUAAGUUAUGGCUGCUGCCGGAGAUGAUGUUGAUUUCUCUAAAUUGCCGUUACAAGAAAGGCUUGAACAUAAGAAUUGGAAAGCUCGAAUCAGUGGCUACGAAGAGUUGAUCAAAAUUUUCGAUGUUCAACAUGAUGAGAAAAGCAGCGAAUUUACUAAAUAUUUAUCUGUUAUCAAAAAGAUUCCAAUUGAUUCCAAUGUUACUGCUCAAGAGAAAGGGCUCUCAGUUUUAUCAAUUUUCUUGGAAAGAGCCUCACCUACCAUCAGUGGUCGAAUCGCUGGUGAUGUUGUUAGUGGCUGUCUUGUUAAAGCUCAACUUUCUGCUCGAGCAAAAACCAAAGAAUUGGUUCCUGAAAUCAUCUUAAUGUACAUAGAGAUUGAAAAACAAGAGAUUGUUAUCGAAGAGAUUGUUAAAUGUUUGGAUAACAAAACACCUAAAGUUGUUAUUGGUUCCAUUUCGGUAUUGCGUGAAGCUUUAAGACAAUUUGGUCCCAAGGUAAUUAAAAUUACCGGAAUGAGUAAAAAUCUUCAAGGAUUAUUGGAAAACAAGGAUAAAUUAAUCCGAGAAGAGGCCAAACUGUUAACUGUGGAAAUGUAUAGAUGGUUAAAGGAUUCCCUUAAACCCCAUCUUUCAACUUUAAAACCAGUGCUUUUAAAUGAAUUGGAAGAAGAAUUUGCCAAAAUAAAAGAUGAAAAACCUCGACCCACUCGAUGUUUCAGAUCAGAACAAAUGUCAGCUCCCUGUGAAGAGGAAUCAGGUGAUACUGGUGAUGUCGAUGAAACUGAUAAAGCACUAGAAGCUGAAAUUGAUCCCUUUGAGCUUUAUGAACCUGUUGAAAUUUUAUCCAAAAUUCCAAGUGAUUUUUCAGAAAAAGUUGAGUCCAAAAAAUGGGCUGAUCGUAAAGAAGCUGUUGAAAGUUUACUUCAAAUAAUUACUCCAUGUCCAAAGCUGUUAGCUGGUGAUUAUGGUGAGAUUGUUAAAAUAUUGAAAAAAUUAAUUGCCAAGGAUAGUAAUGUGGUGGUUGUUGGUGUUGCUGCUAAAUGUUUAUCUGAAUUAGCUGGAAGAUUACGUAAAAUUUUUCAUCCCUAUGCUCAUAGUUGUGUUCUUGUGGUUUUAGAAAAGUUUAAAGAAAAGAAACAAAAUGUUGUUAUUCAUCUUCGUGAAGCAAUUGAUAAUAUCAUGUUAUCUUCAACAAUGGAAGCUAUUCUUGAAGAUCUUGUGGCAGCUCUUGAUAACAAGAAUCCCCAAAUCAGAGCUGAAACGGCAAGUUUCAUAACCCGAUUUUGCGCCAACACCAAUCCAACCUCAUGGGGUAACAAGAAAAAUCUUGUCCCGUUGAUUGAAGCUCUACUCAAAGGAUUAAAUUAUAAUGAUCCAACGGUUCGUGAUGCAGCAGCCGAGGCUCUUGGAACUAUUAUGAAAGUUAUGGGAGAAAAAGCCAUGACACCUUAUCUAGCUGAUGUUGACGCCCUCAAGAUGGCUAAAAUUAAGGAGUAUUUUGAUAAAGCGGAGGUUAAAUUCAUUGCUCCUGUAAUAGCACCCCAAUCUCGUGGAGGAACCGCUAAAGUCACCGUUCCUCGAUCAACUUCAGCAAAAUCAAAUGGUAAUCAACCCACUGCUCCACCCACAUCUUCAUCUUCAUCAUCAAGCUCAAAUGAUACCGGUGCUUCUUCCCUAAAGAAACCAGUUACCGGAAUAUCUAAAAUUGGUAUAAGAAAAGUUGCCAAACCAGAAGCUGAGGCUAAAACAACAACCUCUUCUACAACAACAUCAUCCAAAACCCUACCCAAGAUGAGAUCUAAAACUGGUUUAACGUCCACCACUGUUUCUAAAGGUGAUCCCUCAACUGGUGAUGGUUACUCUUUACCUCUUCUCUCCGUGAAUAAUUUGAAAGAGCAAAGGCUCAACGAUGAAAGAGCUUUAAAGGUAUUGAAAUGGAAUUUCACAAGCCCAAGGGAAGAAUUUUUCAUUCAAUUAAAAGAUCAGAUGAUUACAGCAAAUUGGAAUGAAAAUUUGGUCACCAAUUGUUUCCAUUCAAAUUUUAAGCUUCAUUUAAAAGCAGUCGAAACCUUACACGAUUUUCUGAAUGAGGGAAAUGUGGAGGCGACUUUAAGCAAUACAGAUUUAAUACUAAAAUGGAUUGCACUUCGUUUCUUUGACACAAAUCCAAGUGUCAUCCUUAAAUGUUUAGAAUAUUUAAUCAAAUUGUUUCAAGUAAUGCGAACAGAAGACCAAAAAUUAACCGAAUCGGAAGGACAAAGUUUCAUACCCUAUCUUAUACAAAAAUCGGGUGAUCCCAAAGAUGUUUUUCGUCAAAAGGUACACGAUAUUGUUGAGAUAAUCAAAGAAAUCUAUUCACCAACCAAACUUUUCAACUAUAUUUUGAACGGAUUAACAUCUAAAAAUGCUCGUCAAAGAUCAACAUGUCUCGAUGAAUUGAGUUAUCUUAUGAGAGAUUACGAUGACCUGGGAAUUUGUCAACCAACACCCCAACAAGCAGUUAAAGAUAUUGGUAAACAGAUUGGUGAUAAAGACAGUUCCGUUAGAAAUGCUGCUCUUAACUGUGCAGUAGUUGCUUACGAAAAGGGAGGUGAAAAAGUUCUCAAAUGGUUAGGUGGAGCUGGAGGAAUACCCGACAAAGACAUGGCCAUGUUAGAGGAGAGGAUAAAGCGUAAAAGGUUAACCCGAGCCAAUUCAGAAAAGACUCUUGUCAAACCUGAAGAAGAGAAACGUAAACAAGAAAUAGCUCCACCAAGUAUGGUGAAAAUGUCAUCAACAUCAGCUUUAAGAUCUGAGCCAAGUCUAGAAAGACCUGCAUUUAAAAGUGAAUUGUUAAGUCAACGGACAAUGACCAAAAUAUCACCUCCUAGUAGAAUUCAAGAGGAAGUAGCUGCCUUAGAGCGAAAUGGUGCUCAAUUACAAUUACAAUUACAGCAACAACAACAACAACAACAGAUUCAACAACCUCUUCGGAUGGCAUCAGCAUCUUCCAUUAAAAGAACUGAAACUUGGUUAUUAAAACGAGAACCUUCAGAAGAAAAUGAAUUUUCAACCCCACCACCCGAUCCUAAUCUUACUCGACGAAUGUUCAAUACUGGAACAAUAACCAAACAAAAACCACCGCCAAUUUCAUCAGCCAUGAAUGCGAUGGAAGUUGAAGCAAUGAUGCGACGAGAAGAGGUGAGAGAGUAUGAAGAUUCCCAACAAACUUACAAAAAUCCUUAUGCUCAUCACCAAAAUCAAACACCGACCCACGCUGUUCACCGUUUUAGUCGAUCUGGAACAUACGGUUUAAAUAAUGGUAGUGACGGUGAAAGUGAAGAAAGUGUUAAUGAACAAUUAAUGAAUAUGCCUGAUGUUGAAAUACCAAAACGAUUAUCCGAAGGAAUUAAAAGAAACUCAUUUAGUCCUCGAUCUCUUAAAUCAUCUCCCUCGGCACAAGAUCGUGGUGAUCGUAUAACAAGUGCACUGGUUUCUCGUCUUUCCUCUGGUGAUAUAAAAGUGGCCAUUGAAGCAGCUACACAAGUUAAUCAAGCUCUAAAUAAACCCGAUCGAGCGGAACAAUAUCUUUCCGAUAAAAUUGACCAAAUUGCCUCUCUAUGUAAUCUUCAACAUAAAUAUAUCAUCCAAAAGCAUAUCUAUGAUGAGAUGGUUGAACAAAGUGAAAUUGUUGACCUUUUAAAACUUCUCAAUCUUUUACUACAAUCGAUAUUUAAUCAUCCCUCAUUAAGGAAAUUAGUUACUCGAGAUAUUUUAAAGGAAAUAAUUUCCACCGUGAUAAGUUUACUCUUAGAUCAAAGGGUGGCAAGUCUUCCGGAUGGUGCAUUGAUCAUCAAAUCAACCAAUCAAUUAGCAAAUGCCAUAAUAAGUUUCUCUGAGCCAACCAACAUGCUCUCAGCGUUAAUUAAAUUGUUACAAGAAUGUAUCGUUGGUACAUCUAAUCUGCAAGAAAAGUCUAUCGAACUUGUUAUGAAAUGUAUUUGGAAAAUGUCUCGACUCUUAGAUCAAUUUAUUAAUGAUCUUUGUAUUGAUAAGAUACUUUUUGAUAUACAUUGUUUCUUUGAACAAUUUCCUUCAGAAUUUUGGAAAAAUUCUGAUCGCAGUCGUAGCGAUGAUAUACCAAUGAGAACAGUUAAAACAAUUGUUUACCUGAUAAUCAAACAAGUUCGUGAAGAUAUAUUUCGCCAUUUAACCAUGAUACCAGACCCAGAGGAGACCGAACUGUACAGUUAUAUGCAAAAAGCGUUGCGACAAGUUAGACGCGAAAGUACCUCAUCAGAUGCCAGUCAUUCAACAAGUGUUUCAAAAAGAUCAUCAACCGGAACAACCAUUUCUGUUAAUCAAUAUCAACAAAAUCAACCACCACAACCACAACAACUACAACCAGCACUACAGCAGCAGCAACAACAACAACAACACCUACAGCAACAAUUACUGCAACAACAACAACAACAACAACAACAGCCUGAUUUACCAUGUCAAGAUGAAAUCUUGCUCAAGUCAAUUAUUAAGCACUCAUUAACACCAGCCAUGAUUAAGGAAAGAGUAAUUAAAGAUAAUUCCUUAGAUAAAGAAGAUGACAGACCACCGGUAGGAAUUUUCCCCAAUCCCGAUCUAGUCCCGUCAACUGAUGAUUCCUACAACUAUGGUGGACAUGACAGUUCUCAACAAUCAAAUCAUCAAGAUAAUUCUCGACAUUCGUCAUCCAUAACAACCAAUCGUUCCCUUAAUCAUUCAAACCUUUAUGAUCCUCAACUUCCGAUUGAUCAGUUGAGAAAUUUACUCAUCCAUCGUAUUCAGACUGAUUCUGAGUUUGUUGCAAAGAUUCGCGCUGCUCUCAUUGCACAUCAACACCAAUCAUCUUAUCAGUGAAUGAUAAGUCAUCGAAAUCUAUUAAAAUGAGAAUCUACAUCAUCUUUUCCUCUUCCUCUUCUCUCUCUCUCUCUCUUUUCUAUCAUCACCACCGCUACAACAUUUUAUGUUAUAAAACAAAAGUACUUGUGAUGCCAUAAAAAAGACACUUCGACUAUACAAACCACUCGUUUUCACUUGGAGAAGUGUUCAUUUGCCUCUUGGCAGCCGCUUUAGAUACCAGGAAAUCCGCCCAUUUUAAGUUUCGUUCAUUUUAUCACAAAUCAACAAAAGGCUAAAGCUAAAAGGCUACUUUUAAUCAUAAUCGUGCAUCACAAUUACCAUAAAACUAGAAGUGAUUAAAAGUUUUCAUCAAAUAUACAAAUCAAUCAAAUACACAAACUUACGGACUUGAUUGUAAAAAAAUUCAAGAAAUAUUAAUCUGAUUUAUUUUAAUAAAUGAUUGUAUUUCAAUUAUA